UACGUAACCUGCCAUCCGUGCUAUUGAGACAAAAAUAAAACUAAGUUUUCAACAUUUUCAUUCACUCGAAAAAAGUAAUCAGAGAACAACUGCACAAUGACGAGAUUAUUAAGUGCGACUCAUGAGGUACGAGACCUAAAUGGGCAGUGACUGAGUUCACACCAAUCCAAUCAAUGGUCUCCACAAUCGUCACCUGAUAGACUACGAAAAACAUCCAAAACAUUUGAUGGAAAUAUAAAAAUCAGUGAAAAAAAAAAUACGAAACAUGGCGUAUCGUGGGGUGAAGGGCUCCGACCCAUUUGUGUCAAAAACCUCCAGGAAUGAGCGUUUUGCGCAAAUGUCCAAGCAGGAGCAAAUUAUACAGCAGAAGAAAAUGGAAAUACAGGCAAAAAUGCAGGAGAUGAAGAGCAAACAGGCCAGUGAGACUGUUAAAAAAUCGUCGACGAACAGUGAAAAUCCUGCUGGGGAAAAUAAUUCUGCUGUCAAGAAAGAGGACGAGAAGCCACCGUCCCAGCCCACCGUCAAUUUAUUCGCCAACGACGGUAGCUUCCUAGACCAAUUCAAGAAAAUAGCGCAUAAAGCUCCAUCAACAAAGCCCGAAGUUUCCCAAAAGCCGGAAGAAAAGCGAGAAGACAGAUCGGACCGGGGAGACAGAACCGAGAGAACCGAAAAACUCUACGAAACCCGCGAGAGACGAUGGAACGGUGACAAAAACCGAGACUGGGAGAGAAGAGACAGACGAAGAAACGAGAGCCGCUGGGGUAGGAGUUCUGAGCGUCGAAGAAGCUCUUCCUCGAGCCCAUCGCCCCCUAGGCACAGAUCCUCACCAUCUCCAGAUCCUAGAAGGCCCUCUUAUCAUCAAAUGAACGGUCCCCGUCCCCAAUUUCCUCCUCCUUGUCACCAGAGCCUGCAGUCACAGGCGAUGGCCCCCCUCGUGCCUCCCGCCAUGAUCCAGAUGACUAAAGUUCCACCUCCAACUCUCAGGCACAUCAAUCCCGUCAAUGUUCCAAGGGCUCCUCUCGUUCAGAUGCCCAUGAAAACCGAGGGCUUCUCCGUGGAGGCCCCGAAGAUGUCUCUUCCGCCUCCUCACAUGAUUAGACCACCACCUCCACCCAUAAGGCUCCCUCCAGCUGUUCCCAAUACCACGAUUCCACCACCGAGCAUUCCCAUGCAAAAUCUGACACAAGUUCCACCAACACCUCAACACCUAGUCCCUCAAACCCGCGGGGGAAUGAGUAAUUUAGGGCUCCCGGGACCAAUUCCACCGAAUAUUCCCACCAAUGUUCCUCCUCCAGGGCUUCUACCACCCAUGACUCAAAUGCCACCGAACAUGGUGGGGCUGAAUCCCCUGGUAACAACGUCCGGCACCAUCGGAGUGACAAGUGUUCCCAGUGUUCCUAGUGUCCCUAAUAUUCCACCACCAGUUAUGCCACCGAUUAUCAUUUCGGCACCUCCACCCGUCCAUGGAGUUGGGGGGAUGAAUGCUGUUCCAACAGUACCACCACCCAAUCUCAAUGUUCCACCGCCCAGUGUGCCACCCGGAAUCAUUCAAGGGAAUGGAAGUGCUAGCUGUAUGAUAGGGCCGGGAUUCCCGGUGGCUAAUGUUCAGGUUCCACCACCGGCAAGAGCACCGGCGGCCAAUAUUAGUGGAGGCAUUGCAGGUCGUAAUUUUCCGGUAGAAGCUGAACAAUUGGCGAGAAUAGUGGCUGAUUGUGGUGAUGCCAUUGAGCAAGAAGUACGCGAGAAGAAUGCCCAAGAUCCCAAGCUAUGGUUUCUGCACCAAAAGCAAAGUGCAGCGUAUCUGCAGUACAGGGGGUUGGUGGCCAAAUUUCGUGCUGAAAAGGCUGAUAAAGAUGGGAGUAAGAAGGGUCCUGGUGCAGAGCCAUACUGCCCGGAAGAGGCACUCAGUGACAAUGAUGAUAUUGAUAAAACAACUAUUAGAGGUUUAUCGCAGAACGAUAUUUCAAAAGAAGAAAGCAGAGAGGAACGGAAACGAAAGCGACGGAGUCGCUGGAGUGAGCCAGAUAAUAAAAUUUCUAUUCCCAGGGUGAUUGUUCCAUCAGUUAUCCCUGGAGUACCUCCCACAAUACCUAUUCGCCCACCGGGGUUGGUAGUCCCGGGGCAAGGGUUAUCUGUUAUGCCACCAAAAGGACAGAAUGCCAAAGGGAAGAAUCCCAUGCUCACGAAAAUAUGUAGGAAUGAUCCUGCAUUGAUACAGUACGCCAGACAAACCUUUGGAACAUUGGAUCUGGGUGAAGAGCAGUGGAAAAAAGCUGAGGAUCAUUACAAGAUCAAUCUCCUAUAUCAAAAUUUAUUGAAAAAACGAGAAGAAGUUAAACGCUUAGAAUCCCAGGGAAAGCAUAAAUAUGAAUACGACAGUGAUGAGGAGACUGAAGGUGGUACAUGGGAGCAUAAAAUAAGAUCAGCUGAGAUGGAGGCGACGCAAAUAUGGGCUGACGAGCUGACAGCUCAGGCAGAGGGUAAACAUCAUAUUGGCGAUUUCUUGCCGCCAGAUGAGCUCAAGAAGUUUAUGGAACAGUACAGUGCCCUCAAGCAAGGAAAGGAGCCUGAUCUUAGUGAUUACAAGGAGUACAAACUUAAGGAAGAUAAUAUAGGUUUUCAGAUGUUACAGAAACUGGGCUGGAGUGAAGGUCAAGGAUUGGGCAGUGAGGGGAGUGGACGUGUGGAACCAGUAAAUAAGGCAACUAGUAGACUGGACAGCGCUGGGCUAGGGUCUGAAAGACCGGACAACAUAUCACGGGAUGAUGAUGAAUUUGAUGCAUAUAGGAAGAGAAUGAUGCUCGCAUAUCGAUUUAGACCGAAUCCGCUGAAUAAUCCUCGAAGGCCUUACUACUGAUCCAAUCCAGCAUCACACGGUCGUGAAUUUUUGUAUGAUAAAUUCGUUCGCGAGUAUCAAAUUUUCUAUCAAAGAAUCAAAGUGAGACAAUGCUAUUUUAUAUAUAUCUUAUGAUUUGAAUCUGUUCAUUUUAAAGAAUUGUAUCGUAUUAUCUAUGUUGUUGACAACUCGCAAGUUGUCAAAUACAUGAAUUUGUUUAUAAAA